UUACUUGACAUAUUUACCACAUUUACUGAACAGCUGAGUUCGUUCGAACAUGUCAUAAUAUUUUUUAAGUCAAUAAUAAUAAUACACUAGAAUAAUGAAAUGUGUGCACAUAAACAUAAGAAAAGCUACACUGAUUGUUUUAUCAAUUUUAUUAAAUGGUGCUCAACACUCACACAGCGCUGACAAUCACAUGGACUUGACAACUAAAAAUAUGAAUGUGAAAAACACUUCUCAUUCAGAACAAAAGCCAACAAUUUUAGAACAUUUAAGUCAAGAUAGUGUAUAUACCUGUCCUCAAGAUAGGGAUUGUGAUACUUUAAGUCCAAGAUGUAUGAAUUGCAAUUUAAACUAUUCGUGCAUAUACGGGGAGGAAUUGGUCACAAAAUGCAGUAUUUUCAAGCAUAUUAAGUGCAGGGGUGAUGAUAUAUUUGAGAAGAAAAUGAUUUGCAGAUACUGCUUUCAAACUGAACCAUGGGAGCAUUCGUGUGAUUUGAAAGCAAACUGUAAUUCUAUAGCAACAACAAGGUCCCCAUACACCACCAAUUGCACUGUACAUGAUAACAUUAUUUGCCUUGGUCCGAGAACAUUCAACAAAAAUGUUCUUUGCAAUUGGACCGGUGGAUAUCGCUGGUCCACCGCAUUGAUCUUAAGUAUAACCUUGGGAGGUUUCGGGGCAGACCGUUUUUAUUUGGGACAUUGGCAGGAGGGUAUUGGAAAGUUAUUCAGCUUUGGUGGAUUAGGUGUGUGGACACUUAUUGAUGUUAUAUUGAUAUCUCUGCAAUAUCUCGGACCUGCAGAUGGAUCACUGUACAUUUGAAACUUGGGAUAAACACGAAUUGAAAGGUGAUAUAAGUGAAGACUAUACAAACAAAAAUAAACGAUUUUUAUUAUUA